AGCAUAGCAAUAUGUGACCUUGUGAGUGUUCCAUGUCAGUUAAAGUUUUUCUACAUGUUUUGAGUUACGUAAAAUAUCAGAAUAAGAUCUAGCAAAAGGAAAAGGGUAACAUUCAUAAGCUGUACAAAGACACAUUCAGGAUGCUGCGCAACGCUUUAGUUCCUUGCAAAGAUCUUCUGGGAACGCAAAACUUAUUAAAGACAGUGUCCGGAAGUUUCGGAAACGUUCAACUGCAGAAACAGCACCAGUCUACGUCUCCCAAAACCCAAAGUGAUAGUCAACAAAACCAAAGCUCUGUUAGACCUUAUUCCCCUUUCCAAGUAUCAAGAAGUAAUCUAGCCGAGUAUGCUUUGGCGAGACUGGACGAUUUGCUGAAUUGGGGCAGAAAGAGUUCCAUGUGGCCACUAUCAUUUGGGUUGGCAUGUUGUGCUGUGGAGAUGAUGCAUAUCGCAGCUCCUAGAUAUGAUAUGGACAGAUAUGGUGUAGUAUUUCGAGCCUCGCCCCGACAGGCAGACGUGAUAAUAGUGGCUGGAACCCUAACGAACAAAAUGGCGCCCGCGUUCCGGAAAGUUUACGAUCAGAUGCCAGAGCCCAGAUGGGUUAUCUCCAUGGGAAGUUGUGCUAAUGGAGGUGGUUAUUACCAUUAUUCCUACUCAGUUGUUAGGGGUUGUGAUAGGAUAGUUCCUGUAGACAUCUAUGUGCCAGGAUGCCCACCAACAGCUGAAGCGUUGAUGUAUGGCAUUUUACAAUUGCAGAAAAAGGUCAAAAGGAUUAACACUUUGCAAAUGUGGUAUAGAAAGUAAAGGAAAUGUACCAUGUAAAUAUCUUAACAGUUGCCUAAUUAUAAGUCUAUAUUGCUAGGUACAUUUUUAUUGAUAUACUAUGUAAUAGAAUCGAAGUAUAAACAAUUUGAUGUGUUGACUCUAUUUAUUGUAUAACCUUGACGUU